GCCGUCCCGUGUGGCCCCGGUGAGGGUGGGCAGGGCAGUCCCGCCGCGGGGUGCUGCGGGGGGAGAGCAGGGGCGCCCGCCGCCCCGCAGAGCCCGGCCCCGGGUCCCCGCCGCGCCCCGCCGGGCCGCGCGCCGGCCGGCUGGGAACGGAGAGCAGCCCCGGGGAAUGCGGCGGCCGCGACCCCAGGCGCCCUUCCGUGCGAGCGCCGAACCCCUCGGCCGCUUGCCCCGCGGGCCCCCCCCAUGGCGGCGCGGUGGUUCAAGGAGUUCCCGCUGAACCUGAAGACGGCGUCCGAGCGCGCCCGGCCCGGUGGCGGCGGCGGCCGACUGCGCAAGAACUCCGAGGCGGGCGGCGCCGCGCCGGCCCCGGGCAAGGGCCGCAAGAACUCGGCGGCGGAGCUGGGGAGCGGCCGCGCGGGCGGCGGCGCCCCCAGGGACGGCCGGCCGCCCCGGGACAGCCUGCAGGGCCUCCUCCAGGCCGCCGCGGGCAAGGGCCGCAAGAACUCGCGGGCCGCCGAGGACGAGCCGCCCCGGGGCGCGGGCCGGAGCGCGGGGUGCGGCACCUACAUCAGCCGCCUCAUCAAGGUGGACGCGCAGGAGAAGAAGGGCGGCGGCGGGGGGGGCAGCACCUCGUCCUCCGCGUCCUCCUCCCCCGCCUCCCCGGGCCCCGCGCUGCGCACCGGCCGCGCCGCGCGGCCGCAGGACCCGGUCAUCAUUUUGGAAGACUACGCUGAUCCUUACGAUGCCACGCGGACAAAGGGUCAGAGGGACGCAGAGAGAGUGGGCGAGAACGACGGGUACAUGGAGCCGUACGACGCGCAGCAGAUGAUAACAGAAAUCCGGCGCCGAGGCUCGAAGGACCCUUUGGUGAAGGCCCUGCAGCUGCUGGACGGUCCCUGCGAGGCGGGCGACACCAGCACGAAGUCGGAGACCUCGGCCAAGAGACGGGGCUCCAAGGACCUCCUGGGGAAGCCCCCCCAGCUGUACGACACGCCGUAUGAGCCCACGGACGGCGUUCCCAGGGCAGAGGAGCGGCGGGCCCGGCUGCCCGCAGGGGACGAGAGGCCGGCGGCCGAGUACGAGCAGCCCUGGGAGUGGAAGAGGGAGCAGAUCGCCAGGGCGCUGUCGGUUCAGUUUGAAGGCUCUGAGCGACCUUCCGUCAAGGAGGACGCGCUGAGGCAGCACCACCGCCAGAAGAGCUGGACCCCGAAGGUCCUGAAGCCGGCCGCCCCCGAGCACAGCGAGGGGGAGAAGGUGGACCCGGCCCUGCCGCUGGGGAAGCAGCCCUGGUUCCACGGCGCCAUCACCCGUGCCGAGGCCGAGAGCCGGCUGCAUCCCUGCAGGGAGGCCGCCUACCUGGUGCGGAGCAGCGAGUCGGGGAGCGGCAGGUACUCCAUUGCACUAAAGACGAGUCAAGGGUGUGUCCACAUCAUAGUGGCCCAGACCAAAGACAGCAAGUACACGCUGGACCAGACCAGCGCCGUCUUCGGCAGCAUCCCCGCCGUGGUGCACCACUACUCCAGCGAGAAGCUGCCCUUCAAGGGGGCCGAGCACAUGACCUUACUGUACCCGGUGCACAGCAAGCAGCACUGAGGGGCGGCCACGCCCUCCUCCCUCGGGGCCUGCGCCACCAGCGGGGGCGCGGCGGGACUGCACCCCUGGGAGUUGGUGGGAAGUGAGAGUCUCCAUCUAGAAGCCAAAACCUGGGAUCCUAAAUCCAUUCCUGACACUUGGUUACUGACCUGUUGCUUUUCUACAAUAAGAAGUCGUGGUUCACCCGCUGCCUGCACUCUCUGGAGUGGGUGUUCUGUGGUGGGGGCGGACUCUCAGGAAAGGGGAGUCAGGAGUCCGGGAAUGUUAAGGUUUUCCAAAAACGUGCUAGUUGUCUUGACAAUCAACAAAAAUGCAAUUGGCAUUUAUUUAUAAGAAGCAAUAAAAAAUGACCGUGUGGACCGGAGAGCAUGGGUUACACGCCCCUUCUUGGGGAAACAGAUGAAGAGUGAAAAACAGUGAACAAUGGGUGGUUUGGAGAAAGCUCUGGAGCCGGGAAGAUUCACAACAACUCUGACGAGAUGGUGUUGGUCAGCCUUCUAAGAAAGUUUGUGUUUUCUCCAUCCUUGGGGACGUUUUUAUCCUUAUUCACAGAAGCAUAAAUAGGAAGGAAGAUGCCCCUGAUUUAAGAGUCAGCGAUAUAAAUUAAGCCUUGGCAUCACUAUAAUUCUGAAUUCUAGAAUAAAAUACACAACAAAUAUGAAAAUUUGGAAAGCUCCACAGCCAUUGUUUUAUUGGAUGAUGACGCAGAAUUUCCAGUACCUUCCGUUUCAUCUUUCAGCAUUUCAGUUGCCAGGGCCUGGGUGUUAAUGUUUGUUCCCUAGUUCAAUUGCCUUUGUAUUUUGGAGUGAAUGUUGAAUAUAUACAUAUGCACACCUCUCUUCCUGCGUCCUUGGGGGGACCGCCCGCACCCACCACCUGCAGUGGGCCCUGGGCUGUGCACAGCAGGCCAGCUUGCGGUAUAAAAAUAUUUCUAAAAGACCAAGGUUUCCCUAAUUACUACUGCUUAAGAUAUUAAAUUAAUACUCAUAGUAUUGUUCUCUUUGUGGUUUACUGGGAACUUACAUUGACCCUUUACUGUGAAAAAAAACCACGAGAACGGCUUCCUGUAGGAGACCCCAGUGAAUGGCCGACGGUUAGAGCCGAGUGGGUGCAUCUGUGGCCGGGUUUGCGGCCUGGACAUCAGAACUGGCUCCGAUACAUGUGCAGCGUCUUCAGGGAAAAGCUGACUUUUGUAGCUCCUUUUAAAUCACGAGAAAAGCAGGUUUGGUUAGUUUUUAGGAAAGCAUAUCUUUCUGUCUGGAUGUUAUCCUUCUAUUACGAUUUAGAGGUUAGUAAAUCCUUUCUUCUUUAUUCAGUUAAGGUUGUAGCCACUGGGUUGUGUGAUCCUCAAUUUAAAAUAACUUCAGAGGAACUUUUUCUUACUGAAUCUUGAUGAUUUUAUUAUGAAGAGUCUCCUGUUUUUUAAAUACCAACAGAAUGUUUUUGGCGUGGAUUGGUUCGUGUGUGGCAUCUUCGGCACAAGAUUUUUUUUUAACUUAGCAUCUACAGUUCCAUUUGCACUCAACAAAUAUUUAUUA